GGAGCAACCAAUCGCUCGCUCAAUCGCGUUAUCUCGCUGCUGCUGCUCUGCUCAUCUCAAACGCGCCACACGCCACUCCCAAGAACUCCCCCGGCGAUCUCUAGGGUUGACUCCUCGUCGUCGGCGGCGAUGGCGGUCCCGGUGGUGGACGCCGAGUACCUGCGCCAGGUCGACAGGGCGCGCCGCGCGCUCCGCGCUCUCAUCGCCUCCAAGGGAUGCGCCCCCAUCAUGCUCCGCCUCGCAUGGCAUGAUGCUGGCACGUAUGAUGUGAAUACAAGAACUGGUGGCGCAAAUGGUUCAAUUAGGCAUGAGGAAGAGUACAACCAUGGUUCAAAUGCUGGUCUAAAAAUUGCAAUUGAUCUCCUUGAUCCUAUUAAAGCAAAGUAUCCAAAGGUUACAUACGCAGACCUUUAUCAGCUUGCUGGAGUCGUUGCAGUUGAAGUCACUGGGGGUCCAACUGUUGAGUUCAUUCCUGGAAGACGUGAUUCUUCGGUUUGCCCUCGUGAAGGUCGUCUUCCUGAUGCUAAGAAAGGUGCACCACAUCUAAGGGACAUCUUUUAUCGCAUGGGCUUGACAGAUAAAGAUAUCGUAGCUCUAUCUGGGGGGCACUGUCUGGGAAAGGCGCAUCCUGAAAGGUCUGGGUUCGAAGGUGCAUGGACUCGUGAUCCUCUGAAGUUUGACAACUCAUACUUUGUUGAGCUACUGAAGGGGGAAUCUGAGGGGCUUCUGAAGCUCCCUACUGAUAAGGCAUUGUUGGAUGAUCCUGAAUUUAGACGCUAUGUGGAUCUUUAUGCAAAGGAUGAGGACGCCUUCUUCAAGGACUAUGCGGAAUCACACAAGAAACUUUCUGAACUUGGCUUCACUCCACGCAGCGGUAGCACAUCUACAAAAUCAGAUCUUCCAACUGCUGUUAUACUCGCACAGAGUGCCGUCGGGGUAGCAGUUGCUGCAGCUGUAGUCAUCGCUGGCUACCUGUACGAGGCUUCCAAGAAGAAGUAAGGUCGCGCCAAGUUCUUCGUUGGUACUGCCUUAUUUAGCAAGUAUCAAGACCAAAUAACAGAAAUUCUAGUCAUGAACUACCCCGCAAAAAUAUUUCAAAAUAUUCAAGGACAUUUCCUUCAUGUUUAUGCCAUACCCGUGAAUAUUUCGGUGACAAUUAUACGGAGAUGACAAUGCAUGGCGUAUUAUUAUAAGCGCGUAUCUUUGUUGUCUUUGCCCUUUAGCUCUACAAAUAAAGUUGUUUGUGUCUGGACUCC